UCACUGUGCGCCUUCCUCUCUCGUCGCAGCAACAUGUGAAACAAACAUGUUGAAAAAUAGUUCUUCUGGUAUUUAAUACUUUAAUUGUCUACUAUAUUUAAAUAAUAGGACACCGAAUAUACGCGGGUACUUAAAGAUCGUAGCAUACGGUUUAAUUGCUAAAAAGCGAGAUUAGCCUAGCACACAAGGACAUUGGGCUGUUUUAUGUACUUUUAGUUGCAUAUCUUUAAUACUUUAACAUGGACAACGCACAAGAAAACGAGAUCGCGCUACACGGAGAUGAAGAAAUAGUUGAAGUCAUUGAUCUAGACGAGACAGAGCCUGGUCCUGAGGAUUUGGCUGACGUGCUGGACGAUGUGGACUUUGAGGAAGACCAGGGUAACGCGGACGAUGAAGGGUGGGAGACGGAGGAUGAGAUGGAAGCGGAUCAAGAUGACAGCGAGCUUACAUUUUCCAGUCAUAAAGGUUCUGUAUUCUGUGUGAGCUUGGAUCCUGUCACCAACACUAUGGCAGUCACUGGGGGAGAAGAUGAUAAGGCGUAUGUCUGGAGAGUGACUGAUGGAGAGGUCCUUUUUGAAUGUACAGGUCAUAAAGACUCUGUGACCUGCGCCUUGUUCAGCCAUGAUUCGGCCCUGGUUGCUACUGGAGACAUGAGCGGAAUGAUCAAAGUCUGGAAAGUGGAAACCAAAGAGGAAAUCUGGUCAUUUGAAGUUGGGGAUCUGGAGUGGUUGGAGUGGCACCCGUGCGCUCCGGUGCUGCUGGCGGGCACAGACGAUGGGAACGUGUGGAUGUGGAAGGUCCCGGCAGGAGACUGUAAAACCUUCCAGAGCGCGGCGUGCCAGGCCACCAGCGGUAAAGUGCUUCCUGAUGGUAAACGGGCUGUGGUAGGAUAUGAAGAUGGGAGUAUUCGCAUCUGGGACUUAAAGCAGGGGAACGCAAUCCAUGUCAUAAAAGGUCAGGAUGGACACCAGGGAGCGCUCACCUGUUUGGCUUGCAAUAAAGAUGGCUCUCUGGUGCUGACAGGCUCAGUGGAUGGGGGCGCUAAACUCAUCAACACUACAACAGGCAAGGUGCUGGGAGCUUUCACUGUGGACGGAGUGGCCAAAGGUUCAAAAGAUGGAGAGGAGGAAACCAACUCAGUGGAGUCUGUGGGGUUUUGCAACAUACUGCCUCUUAUUGCUGUGGCCUACCUCGAUGGAACCCUGGCUAUAUACGACCUCUCCUCACAGGUCCUCAGGCACCGCUGUCAAGAUGAGGCUGGUAUAGUUCACUUGCAGUGGGAGGAGUCCUCUUCAGUAGUGUCCACGUGCAGUCUGGAUGGAGCUCUGCGUUUGUGGGAUGGACGCACAGGAAACAUGGUGUCAGAGUACCGCGGGCACACAGCCGAGAUUCUGGACUUCACCAUCAACAGAGAGGGAACGAUGGCUGUGACCGCUUCAGGGGAUAACCAGGCCAAAGUCUUCUGCCUCCAGAGACCGGAUCGAUAAACUGCAAAAGAAAAGACAAGCAUAUGUUAUUAUAAGGAACUCUAAUAAUAAUAAUAAUAAUGACACAGAGAAGAAAUCUCUUCCUUCUGAUUUUAAAUGUGACCUGCUUUAGUCUGAUUGUAGCAUCCUAAUUGCUGUUUUAUCAGUUUGAUAAAGAACAGGAGCGGUCUGUCUGGAUAAUUAUAAAUGACUUGAGAUUCAAAGACUAAACAAGAGUAUUCACCAAACGUGAUGCAUUCAAGCAUCAUUUGUUUCUCGUGAAAGAUAAAACCUGAUGCUUCCUAAUAUAUCUGUUUGGAUUUCAUUAUUUGUUUAUGGUUUGGAUUGAUCCUGGAGUUCAUAGUUUGUUUGUGGUCUGGACUGAUCCUGGCAAAUUCCUCAUGUAAAUACAGAAAGAAUAUAGUUUAAGAAUAAUUUUGCACCACAACUAUUAUUAUGUUAUCUCUUUAUUCCCAUUUGAAAAUAAAACCCAAAUGAUGGUC